GGGACGCGCGGGUUGCGAGUUGGCCGUUGCGCUUCGUGAGCAGCCGUUGGUGGAGCCCGUUUACGAGGAAGCGGUUGAGGGGUCGCCGUCCGUGCUUCAAAGCAGCCCUCUUAUUCCUUUCCCGGCUCGGUGGGGUGGGGGGGCGGGUCUCGGCUCGGGGCAGCGUUUGAAAGGGCUCCACACACACACCCCGCCCAGGUACCAACUGUUGACAAUGUCGUCAGGUGGUCCGGGGUCCCGUGUUGCAGAGCAGAAGCCUUUAGUCAACAAAGAAGAUGCCAUCACUCGUCUCCUGACUGAUAUCGAGGUUGACAUUCAUGAACAAGACAUUGAGACCGUCCAUGGGUCAGUCCAUGUCACCAUGUGUGGAACACUCCGGGGAAACAGACCUGCCAUUCUGACAUACCAUGAUAUUGGGUUGAAUCACAAGACGUGUUUCAACCCCCUCUUCAAUCAUGAGGACAUGCAGGAAAUCACGCAGCAUUUUGCGGUCUGCCACGUGGAUGCCCCCGGACAGCAAGACGGAGCUCCUUCCUUUCCGCCUGGGUACAUGUAUCCUUCCAUGGACCAGCUGUCUGACAUGCUUCCUGGAGUUCUAAAACAAUUUGGAUUGAAAAGCGUGAUUGGAAUGGGAACUGGAGCUGGGGCCUACAUUUUAACCCGAUUUGCUCUUAACUACCCUGAUAUGGUGGAAGGUCUUGUUCUUAUCAACGUCAAUUCAUGUGCUGAAGGGUGGAUGGACUGGGCCGCAACCAAGAUUUCUGGAUGGGCUCAUGCUUUACCAGACAUGGUCAUUUCACAUCUUUUUGGCAAGGAGGAGAUUCACAGCAGCCACGAUUUGAUCCAUACUUACCGCCAGCACAUCAUCAAUGACAUGAACCAAAACAACCUCCACCUGUUUGUCAACUCUUACAACAGCCGGAGAGAUCUAGAUAUUGAACGUCCAGCUCCAGGAGUAAAUGUGGAUACUCUACAGUGCCCUUCACUGUUGGUGGUUGGAGACAGCUCUCCUGCAGUUGACGCUGUGGUGGACUGCAAUGCUAAACUUGACCCAACAAAGACCACCCUUUUAAAGAUGGCUGACUGUGGUGGUCUUCCUCAGGUUUCCCAGCCUGCCAAGCUUGCUGAAGCUUUCAAAUACUUCAUUCAGGGAAUGGGAUACAUGCCUUCCGCAAGCAUGACCAGGCUAAUGCGGUCCCGCACGGCUUCCGGUUCCAGCGUCACGUCCACGGAAGGGAACAGGAGCAGAGCCCACACCGGGGAAGGUGCCCGAAGUCGGUCUCACACAGGCGAAGGGCCCAGGAGCAGAGCCCAAACUGGGGACACUCCCCGGAACCGUGCGGGCACAGACAUCGAGCUGAGUUCUAAUGCUGCCAAGACCAGUGGACAGUCGAGCCCCAAGUCGAUGGAAGUCUCCUGUUAAAACGAUGCCGGCUUAGUCCAAACCAAGAUCAAGCAGCAGCCUCAGGCUGCGCGUUGCAAUAAUUAACCAAAGGGUUCCCCCCAUAACAAAUGGAUCGCUGCCCCUCCCUUCUCCCCAAAUCCAUAGGGACCAAUAAAAAAAAAAGAGAAAAAAAAAACCACCAUCUUAGAUGCUCUCUUUCCCUAAUCAAAAUGGCUGAUCUUUCCAGCUUACUCCUAGAUGGCUUUAACACUCAUCCAGUUAUUGAUCUAAUCUUUUUCUUUUUUUUUAAGAUCCAGGAUCGCAACCUAUUACUGUCUUGUCUUUUUCGGAAUGCGAUUGCCUGAAGCUCGUGUGUCAUCUCUGGCUCUUCUUUUCUGCCCAGUUCUAAAAACGAAACAAUAUUUUUUUUUUCCUCCCUCCAGUCUGAUUUUAAGGCAAAGGUCUCCAAACUUGGCAAGACUUUGUAGACAUAGCCUGGCUGAGGAAUUCUGGGAGUUGAGGUCCACAAGUCUUAAAGUUGCCAAGUUCGAGGGCCCCUGUUUUAAGGCUUCAUUGUGGAAGGCGAGAUGGGGAA